GACCCAAGUCUGCGCAUGAGUUCGGCGCAUGCGCACCAAGGCUCCCCGCGGCCGCUCCCUGCUCCUGGCGCUCUGACUCCUCGCCUCUCAGCGGCCCCGCCCAGGCGGCUGCCCGUGACCUGCCUGGGUGCAGGGAACGGAAAGCCGGGAGGGGUGAGGCGAGUUCAGUUCGCCAUGGGGCUGUUUGGAAAAACCCCAGAGAAGCCGCCCAAAGAGCUGGUGAAUGAAUGGUCAUUGAAGAUAAGAAAGGAAAUGAGAGUUGUUGACAGGCAAAUAAGAGAUAUCCAAAGAGAAGAAGAAAAAGUGAAACGAUCUGUGAAAGAUGCUGCCAAGAAGGGUCAGAAGGAUGUCUGUGUGGUUCUGGCCAAGGAGAUGAUCAGGUCAAGGAAGGCCGUGAGCAAGCUCUAUGCAUCCAAAGCACACAUGAACUCCGUGCUCAUGGGGAUGAAGAAUCAGCUGGCGGUUUUGCGAGUGGCUGGUUCCCUGCAGAGGAGCACAGAAGUGAUGAAGGCCAUGCAGAGUCUGGUGAAGAUCCCAGAAAUCCAGGCCACCAUGCGGGAGCUGUCCAAAGAGAUGAUGAAGGCUGGGAUCAUAGAAGAGAUGUUAGAGGACACUUUUGAAAGCAUGGAUGAUCAAGAAGAAAUGGAAGAAGCAGCAGAAAUGGAAAUUGACAAAAUUCUGUUUGAAAUCACCGCAGGGGCCUUGGGCAAAGCACCUAGUAAGGUGACCGACGCCCUCCCAGAGCCUGAACUUGCAGGAGCGAUGGCUGCAUCAGAAGAUGAGGAGGAGGAAGAGGCCCUGGAGGCCAUGCAGUCCCGUCUGGCCACACUCCGCAGCUAGGGCCGCCCAGCCAGGCCCGCAGGCUCUCCUCCGGCCCUGUCACCGGGCGCGCACUCCUUGAAGCCUCCGCCGUUUUCUGUAUCUCUUGCACUACACCUCUGGGUGAGGCACUGCGUUCUGGAGAAUGUUCUCUGCUAAUCUCUCUUCACUCUCUGCAGAGGUUUGGGGAUCUCAAUGAAAUUGUUUUGAGAGGCAGUGUAAUAAAUGCAUCAUUUUCAGGGGAAUAAACAGAAGUAUCUUUUGGGGGAUGAGGGCAAAGAAGUGUCUUCUCACGAAGCACUUCUGAGAAUAGAGUCGAUUGCCUGAAUGUUGAGGACUCUGUAUAUUUUUUUUUUGUCUGUGAAACACUAUAUAAAUGGAUUUUAAUAAAUUUCUGCUUUAACAUUUGGUCUCA